CUCAAGGUCGGCUCGUUGAGUCGUUGACAGCCGUAGCCCCCACCCCCAGCACGCCGUCCCCGCUUUCCUCUCGCCAUCUUCCCCAGAAUUCCGACCCGCUAGAUCCGCACCCUGUUCUUUCGCCUCGCUCCUCGGCACCUGCCCGUCUCCCAUGGGCUCUUGCCGCCGCUGACACUGGGGCCCAACGCUCUCCUCCGCGUCCGCACCCGCCUCCGCCUCCGCCUCCUCUCCCUCCCCUUCCACCUCCUCCUAUUGCCUCCACUAAACCUAGCCGACCGCCUCCGCCCGCCGACAUCGGAAGCCCUAGUUGCUGCGGGAACCGCCCUGCCGGCCCGCCGCUCCUCCGCCCCAAGUGUCCCUGGUUUCUUGGAUGCACCGACUGCUCCGAUGGAUGCCCCUGCGCCCGCCGUGGAGAUCCGCGAAGUCUGGGCGAGCAACCUGGAGGAGGAGUUCGAGGUGAUCCGCGACGUCGUCGACGCGUACCCGUACGUCGGCAUGGACACGGAGUUCCCCGGCUUCGUGGUGCAGCCGAUCGCCGAGUACCGGUUCACCUGCGACCGCAUCUACGCCGGCCUCGAGGGCAACGUCAACGUGCUCAAGCUCAUUCAGCUUGGCCUCACCUUCUCCAACGAGGCAGGCACACUCCCACCGUGUGGCACGGGGGGACAGUGCUGCAUCUGGCAGUUCAAUUUCCGGGGCUUCAACCCGCACACAGACCCUUACAGCCCCGACUCCAUCGACCUGCUCCGCCGCAGCGGCAUCGACUUCGACCUCUUUGCGGUGGAGGGGGUCGAUUCCACCCGCUUCGCCGAGCUGAUGAUGUCGUCUGGGAUCGUGCUGAACGACGAUGUCCAGUGGGUGACCUUCCACGGUAGCCACGACUUCGGCUACCUCCUCAGGUUGCUCACCGGACGGGAAAUGCCCAACACCUUGGAUGAGUUCUUGAAGCUCACCAAGAUCUUCUUUCCGGUGAUGUACGACGUCAAGCAUCUCAUGAAGUUCUGUGGCCCUGGCCUAUAUGGUGGGCUGAGCAGACUUGGGAAGCUGCUCAAGGUCGAGCGUGUUGGGACCGGCCAUCAGGCUGGUUCUGAUUGUCUGCUGACCCUGCAGUGCUUCAUGAAGCUCAAGCAGUUGUACUUAAAGGAGUCUGUCAAGUUGUAUGAUGGUUUGUUGUUUGGGCUUAUUCCUGGGGAAGUGGAGAUCAAAACUGCUCCCCCGCCCAUUGGAUGAGUAAUGGUAGUUAAAUAACAAGAUUCUGAUUGAGAAAAAUAGGGAACAAAAUCUAUCAUCGGCGAAUAUAUGACUGAUCUGAGGAUUUCCUGUGCUUGUUAUGAUAUAUGCCUUCUCUCCUGGCUAUUCUUCC